UUAUUGAUACAAUCUUACUAAUGUGCUAUGAACUUAUUAUAAAUGUUAGUCAAUCUUCUUAAUGGUUAGUUGGAGAAUUGCUUUUGCGGGUUAACCCGCGACCCAACCACACCCAUCCGCCACCCACCCAACCCAACUCGCAUAAGUAUGUGGGUGGAUUGCGAGUCACAAAUAUUCCAACCCGCUAGUAAGCGGGUGGGUCAAUUUUAAACCAAAAUCCACCCAACCCGCCCAUUGCCCACCCCUACCUUUUAGCACACAUUUCCACCGAAUUUCCAUACAUAUGAAAGAUUUUAAGAAUGUGUUGUCAAUUUUCAUAAAUUACUUUGUACGUUAAUUUCGACGUGAUUGAAUCAGAAAUGCCAGUUACGCAACAAAUUAUUAUAUCUUGCCAACAGAUAAAUGUUCCCUAUAGGCUCACUUUAUGCACUUAUGCUGUUGAUUGGAUUGAUUCCGUUUUUAGUAUUGGACAAAUUGUAAUGUUUCUAGAACCUAUCAAUCUUUUGACUAAUACAAAUUAGCACAUUCAUUCCUAUCACGAAAUAAUGAGUGAGAAGUUCAUGCGAGCCGGAGAAAGACUUAUUAAUUGAUGUGCAACUCAAAUUUUCUUUGUGUAACUCGCCAUUACGAGUGACUCUAAAAAUGAUUAAAAACAAUGUCAUAGCAAUUAAUGCAGAAGAUCCCCUAAUCCCGAAUCAAUAUUGCUUGACCAUGGUUGUCACGCUGGCCGGCGUGCCACCGGUUGAACCUGAUUCAAUCGAUAUUGGUCAUAAAACCGGCGUGACAUUACCAGUAUGACCGGCAUGAUCGAUAUACGAAUCUCUAAGUAAAAUGGUCUUAUUUUAGUGACUUUAAUUGAUAAAAAUAAUUUUAUCAUUUAUUUUAUGAGUGUAAAAGUUAAAUAUUGAUGUUUUUUGUUGGAUUCAAGUAUAAAUGUUUAAGUAUUGACGUUAAAUGUCAUGUUUAAAGUAUUUAUAAUUUUAUUUAUAAUAUUGACCGGCAUGAACCGGCACAAACCGGUAUGUGCCACCAGUCGAACCAUUCCACUUGCUAAAUCAGCACACUGGCAUAAACCGGUUUGACAACCUUGUGCUUGACAAAGUCUCUUACUUCCAAGAUCUCAUAACUCAAAUUACCAUGGAAGGAUUAAGGGAGAAGUCCUAUCGUGUACUUCACGAUCUUUUUCUUAAACACGGUUAAUUAAGACCAUUAAUUACCCUUAAUCAAUGAGGUCAACAACACCGAUGACCCAUAAACCCAAAAAGUCACACAUGUUUGGUGAAAAACUGAAAUCCCUGAAAUCUGAAUACGCGGAAAUACAAAGAAGUCACUUUUCCCGGCCGCCUAACAAGAAGAAUCAGCGCGCCCCAUCUCCACCCUUCAUUCUGCCCUUUCAAAACCUCCCCGCCACGCGUCAUCCAUCCAACGGCUCACCUUCCCCGCGCCAUUUCCCACCACCGCGCAGUAUAAAUUCCCCCACCUUGAACCCAAAUCGGAACCUCAACAAACCAUUUCUCUCCAUCAAGAAAAACAGAGGAGAAACAGAGCAAAAGGAAAACAGAGCAUCGAUACAAAAAACAGGGGCGACCAAAAUUUUUUUCCCCCUCAGAGAACACAACAAUGGCGGUGUCGAGAUCAAAGACGUUAGCUUUCGCAGCAAUCGCGAUCGCCGCUCUUCUCCAUAGCUCCGUCGCUCAGACUACCCACACCGUCGGAGGAAACACCGGGUGGACCAUCCCUCAGGGCGGUGAUUCGGUCUACUCCAACUGGGCUUCCGGCAAUUCCUUCUCCGUCGGAGAUAUUCUGGUUUUCAAUUUCGCCGCUGGAGCUCACGAUGUGACCCAAGUGAACAAGGCGGACUACGACUCCUGCUCGGCGUCCAAUCCGAUGAUGACUUCAACGAAUACUCCGGCGAGGAUAACAUUGAACACUUCCGGCGAGCAUUACUUCAUCUGUGGGGUUCCCGGCCACUGCAGCGCCGGCCAGAAGGUUACCGUCAAUGUUCUUGCUUCGACUACUGGGUCUUCUCCUUCUCCUUCUCCGGCUCCAAUGAUGAUGCCUCCAUCUCCUUCCCCUGCUCCCCGCCGGGCUCUCACUCCUGCUUCUGCUCCAUCCCCUGCUCCAACCACCGUCUCUGCCCCGACUCCAUCCACCUCCCCUGUCGCCGGCGAUGUCCCGUUGUCAGCGCCGUCUCCUUCUGCCAGGCCGCCGAUGACUUACACCGUCGGCGAUUCCUUCGGGUGGAACAUUCCCACGAGCGGUGCGAGUCAGUUCCAGAACUGGGCCGCCGGAAAAGACUUCAUGGUCGGCGACAUCCUUGUCUUCAACUACACAGCCGGCGCACACAACGUGGCGGAGGUGACCAGCGACGCCUUCACGGCGUGCACCACCGUCAACCCGAUCUCUCUGGACAGCAACCCGCCGAGCAGAAUCACGCUGACCACCGCCGGCGAGCAUUUCUACCUCUGCGCGAUUCCCGGGCACUGCUCCGCCGGCCAACAGCUUUCCAUCAACGUCUCCGGUGCAGGCAGCACCAGCCCAUCGCCGUCAGGGUCGACCACUCCCUCGUCGCCGUCUCCUACCGCCGGUGACAUGGCCCCGCCGUCCCCGAACUCCGCCGCCACCGUUGGAGGCGUAUCGGCCGCCGCAUUUUUGUCCGUUGUCGCAGCUCUUUUGUUGUAAAUGGAGUGAUCGGUACUCGGUAGAGAAUAGAGAUGCCUUAUUACAGUCGGCGAUGUGAUACUUUUUGUUUCUUUCGCGUUUCUUUUUGAGAUCUGUAUUAGUGUGUUGGUUAUUGGUUUGUUAUAUAGAUUGAUUUCUCACAUACAUUGUAUUAAUAAAAGGAUUUUUUUUAGCCCAAACAUGUGAUCUAUACAAGUUUGGUUGAAUUAUUAUAACGUCGGAUUCUGAAGUUAACAAUCUUAAAUUUAGAAUUCGUAAUGUGUAACCUUCUUCCUCUCCUCUCCUUUCCCUUCAUUGAACCAGCCAUAGAAACAUUCCCUUGUCGAUGCUCAUCAACUAUACUUUUGCGUUCGACUCAAAACUGUAAAAAAAAAAUGAGGUUAUGUUUUGAAACUAGAGUUCGCUUCUAUCCUAGCCGUCAUUGUUAGGCUGCAUUGCACAAUAACUUAUUGUGUCGUUGAAGUGUCCUGCUCCAUCUGGAGCUCUUCAAGUUACCAAUGCUUGCCACAUAACCUCACGAACUCUUUACUCCUUCCAAACAUUGUACUACUAGGUAAACUAUUUGACUGAUCGAAGCAUCGUGCUCGUUUAUAAGUUCUUUUGAAGCGUUUCGAAUAGCUCAUACCAAACUCUUGAUCGAACGGCUAAAAAUGAUACAUUGAUCGAUCGAGACUAUGAUAUUUCUGUUUGGCUAUCCUUUGCUUAUCUUUCUUGAUUUGUAUUAGCGUGUUUUUCUAACUUCUAAGUUGUUAUAUAAAUUGAUUAUCCACACAUUAUGUUAAUAAUUUUUUUUGGAGCUCAAAUCAUCAAAGACCCACUUUCUCUAUCACCUCUUAAUACUCACCCAUCCCUUCUUUUCAUAAGUCAUAACAUCUUUGAAAUUAAAGUGUAUGGGAUCCAUCACUUGCCCCAUUGUGGGGACCUAUCCAUGCAAACCCAUUGAUCGACAUGAUAAUGUAAAAAGUCCUACUUUCUAGUUGAAUCAUCAAUCUCAAAUCAUCCUCAAACAAACACAUCAUCAAUUCGUAUUGUCUUUGCUUCGGUAAUCCAUUCGAAAUCAACCAACAAGGCACUCAUUAGUCCUUCAAGUUACUGAUGAUCGGAUAAUUAAGAUCUCAAAUUUUAUAACACUUUACUCCAUAUGAAAACAAGAAGUCUUCUAAAUCGUGAUAUAGACAAAUUAUGUGAUUUUAUAUUAGGUCAAUAAAACGUAUUUGAAUUUCGUACGCCUCAAAUCUCCUCUGUGUGAUCUUAAGUCUAUUAACUAAAAAAAUCUGAUCGAGCUAACCUUAAUAAACAUCCAUACUCUAGGGAAAGUAGACUUCCAUACUGACCUACAGACUCAUGAAUCAUUAUCUCGUUGGCUCACUAACUUAGUAUUCCUAUAGUGAAUUUUCUCAAUUUUUAGCCGACUUUGAUGUUAUUAUGAUGCUAGUUAAUAUUAUUACCAUGUUCACAACAAUAAUUCUUCCAAAAUUUAAACUAUUCUAGAAAUGUGAACAUAAAGAUUAUGGAGGAAAUAGUCUUCUUAGUGGUAAAUUAGUCACCGUCUUAUUGGUAAACAUGUGUGCAUAAUUGAUGACUAUUAAAGACCAAGUAAUUAUUAAAAAAGCUGACCCAUG